AUGGAGGGUGGAGGAGAAACUGUUCUUCCCUAUGGCUACUUCCAAACCAACAAGCCUCCUUUAUACCGAUCAGGUCCUCCGCUAACAGCUAUAGAGAGGUUCUUGUCGAGUAACAAUCAUUUCCCUCUCCGACGAACUCCAGAUUUUGUACAGAACAGAGGAGAAGCCGUUCCGGCAACUGGGUACCGGAGUUUUCCUUCUCUCGGUGGUGCAAUUACAAGCUACUCACUUGGGCUUCCAUGGCUGAGUUUCCCAGGAACUAGCUUCAGAUUUCCUGACGCAGAGAUACUCAACUUGGCAGGUGAGAAAGAUUUCGGCGUGGGUCUGCACGGAGAAGGCAAAGCACCGCCGGAAAAUUCAAAAGGAGUUGGAAAGAGAGUCGGCGGUGCAAAAUCUUCAAGUCGGAUCAAAGGGCAAUGGUCAGACCAAGAAGACAGGAAACUAGUAGAGUUGGUGAAUCAACAUGGAAAGAGAAAGUGGAGUGUGAUAGCUGAAAGCAUGGUUGGGAGGGCCGGGAAACAGUGCCGCGAGCGGUGGCACAAUCAUUUGCGCCCUGACAUCAAGAAGGAUUCAUGGACUGAGGACGAAGAGAAAAUGCUAGUUCAAGCUCACAAGAUAGUGGGCAACCGAUGGGCCGAAAUCGCCAAGCGAAUUCCAGGAAGAACCGAAAACUCCAUAAAGAAUCACUGGAACGCGACUAGGAGGAGGCAGAGUUCAAAGAAAAGGAUUAAGAAACAGCAAAGGCAGAAUUCUAGGAAGCACCGACCAUCGAUACUUGAGGACUACAUCAAAGGCGUGAGUCUGAAUGAGGCCGCCGGCGCCCCUACUGACUCCUCUAUCACUGAGCACUACUCAAACCAUUCUGGUCUUUCCCUCUCGGAUUCCUCGAAUUCCUCCAUCGAUGACUCAUCCCUAAUCAUGAACCAGACCUAUGAUGAUGAGCUCGACUUCAUCAAAAACUUGUUUGGCGGCAAAAAUGAGCUCCAACCAGCCAUUGUUAACGAAAAAAACAUUGUUAAUGUGGUUGAAACUGAGGCAAAAACCGUUCAAGGUGAUGCUUUCUUUGUCAAUGACAAUGUCGGAGGCGGCUUUUUCUCUACAAUCAUGCCUAACCAAAACAUGUACGUAAGGAAAGAGCCAGCUAGAGCCCAUCUCUCGUCUGACUCGUACAUUUCCUAUCUGUUGGAUGGACCCACUAAAUCAUCUUCAGUGACUUACUGCUCCGAGGUUCUGAACUUGGUGAACUCCUUCAGUAGUGAUCAAGCUUCGUCAAGUGGGAAGCACGAUAUGGAUUUGAUGGAGAUGGUUUUUCCUUCUGAAUUCUCCCUGAGCUGCAAAUACUAA